AUGGAGAUAAUGAGGCGAGGGCAAAUUAUCUUGGAAAGAAGAGCACUUCCCCUUUCGCUCUCAUCUUCAAUCGGUGUAGUUUCCUCGUCUCAUCCUCCACGCAGACCCAUUCGACGAGGGUCUCCUGCUGCUUUACCCUCUUUGUUGUCUCCUCCUACUCGCACCCGGACGGCUAGAGCCUCUCGAUCAGCCACUCCCUCUCGCCCCUGGGUUGCUCCUCGACCUCAGCCGGCUACUCCUGAACAUCCUCGGGCUCCCGCUCGCCCCCGGGCCCCACGUACUGUCCAGCCUGCUUCAUCUACCCCAUUAUCUCCUGUUAGUGCUCCUAGAUCUACUCAUAUCCCAGGCCGGGGGACCGGCGAAAGAGUGACGGGCCUUGGUGGGGGUACAGGCAACGUUCCCUUUACCAGCUUUGCCUCUCGGGAUGCUUACCAAGUGGCUCGUCGAGCCCGUACUGCGAAUGAUCGCUUGAACCUGAAUGUUUCCAGUCCUUCUAGGCGCAGGGCUCGAUCACCCUCAGAUGAAUUCGAUUCGGAUGACCAGCCACUAUCUCAGAGGCGUCGGCGUCGAGCCCCUCGCGUAAUACCAGACUCGGGCCCCUCCUCUAUUCCUUCUCCUCCACGUGCACCUAACUUUACCCCAUCUCAUCAAGUGACUUCACCUCCAAUCCCGAGCCCUGCGGGCGACCUUCCUAUUCCAUCCAGUAGCCAGACCAUGCCCCCAUUGGCUCAACCAUUCCGCACGCAGCACACUCAAGGUGAUGAAGCUAGCCCUUCCACACGCCCUUCCGCUGUCCCACCUACAGAGCCCCCUCGGGGACCAUCUUCUGCCCCUUCUGGUGCAACCGCCGAUCCUUCAGAUACCCCUGGCUCAGCUGCAGGUCCUUCAGGACCCCCUCCUCUUACUUAUCAAGACUACUGUACUACUUUUCCUUCUGAAGCACAGUUAUGGUCUCGGACGGAUGUUCCCACCAGCUCUCUGAAAAUAAAAGGUCGUCUAGCCACUGUGUGGGAAGAAAGCCUGCGACAGAUGGAUUCUUUACCUCCUUCGGCCCAAAUGGAUCAAUUUACAGAAUUAUAUAUCAAGGCUCAAGAUCAAAAGUUGAAAUCGCAGGAGGCCCAUUUGACAUCUCAAGAGACCCAAUUGGCUUCCCAAGUAACAGAGUUGGCCACUACCAGAAGUGAACUAGCUCAAGCUAGGGCCACCACAGAAGGCGUAUCAACAGCUCUAGCCCUUUACAGAGAAGGGGAAAACGAUCGCUGCCUACAACACCGAGCUGAGUAUCUGCGUUCUCCGGAAUUUUAUGCACAGGUGGGACAUCGCUUCUCCACAUCUGCUAUCUACGGGGCGGGAGGGGCUCUGCGACAGCUUCAUGAGCAGGACUAUUUAAGGUCCAUUCCACCUCCUGAAUUCUUAGACCAUGAUCGAAUCAUCAAAGAGAUUCCAGAUGAAAUAUUUGCCCCUUUCGACUGA